GCGACGCUGGUAGCAGCCGGCGACGGCAGCGACGGCGUCACCGGCGGCAGACCGUCGCCCGGCGUCCGAGUGCAGCUCCUGGUAACAACGCGUACGAGUGGACGGCUAACGGUGGCUGGAUAACCGAUAUAUAGCGGCCAGUGACAGUGCUCCCGGAAAAUUAGAUCAAGCGGUAGGCGCACAACCUAAUAAUCCGAUCUUCUGUGGGCUCCGAGAACUAUCGGAAGAUUUGGAAGAUUGGAUUUUGCUUUCUGAGUGAAUUGCCGAUUUCGAAACAUUGAAUAUCGACGUCUUACCGACAACUGUGUGUGAAUCGUGCAGUGCAUUGCAUCGAGUCCGAAAACACCUGUGAUUUGCAACGUCAACUGGGUGACGAUCUGAGAGUCUCCAUUUCAGGGUGUUGCGCGCUGGCCGUGGCGGACGUUGUGUCGACCUGCAGCUACAGCUCGGGUGCCGCUAUGGAGGGGUGCGGUGAUGCAAUGUGACGGUACAGGCGCCACCGAGUGCCACAGCCGCGGUCAGUGCGGGGCCGGGCCGCUGUGGUAGUGUGGUAACCGCCGGCCGGGGCCCGCGGCCGCCCGCGCCACGCGCCGCUGGGGUCCGUCCGCAGCUGGAUAUGAUCAGCCCGGGGGGAUGAUGGUGCAGCGCGACGUCAGGCCAGCGGAGAGCAUCCAGUGCCCGCCACCAGCCGCACGACUAUGCCGCCGACACUGGCCACUGCCAUAGCGACCACGCUACUCACAAUCGGUCUGCAUGCGGCGGCGGCGGCGGCUGACCAGCCGACCCACGACUACAGCUCGCUGCUGGAGAGCCUGCGCCUCACCGGGCCCGUGUUCGACCCGCUGACACCGACCAACGUCACGGCCCAGGUCGGCUCGCACGCCUUCCUCCACUGCACCGUCCACCACCUCAUGGACAAAUCGGUCUCGUGGGUGCGUAACAGCGACUCCCACAUCAUCACUGUGGACCGGUACACGUUCAUCGCGGACGCGCGCUUCCAGUGUCUGCAUCCGGAGGACUCGGACGAGUGGACGCUGCAGAUUCAGUACGUGCGGCCGCGCGACGCCGGACUCUACGAGUGCCAAGUUAGCACCGAGCCGAAAAUAUGGCGCACCAUUCGGCUCAGCGUGGUCG